CAAGGCUCCCUGCCCUCCAAGUCUGUAACAGCUGGGUCACCACCACCUGAAGUCUCCAGUUGGCCUAAAUCAAACGGAUUGCAUCAACUAACCCCUCCUUCCUCUGGGUCAAAAUUAACUGGAUCACUUCUUCCGCCUGAAUUGCUUUCAUUGGCAAAAUCAACCGGGUCUCCAACCCCUCCAUCUGGACUGUUGCCUCGGCCUAAAUCAAUCGAGUCGUCACCAUCAACCCCCUUAUCCUCCAGGUCUGAAUCAACUAGAUCACCACCACCUGAACUGUCCUCAGGAUCCAAAUCAGUCGAAUCACCUCCACUUGAAUUGGUCUCCAGGUCCGAAUUAACCACAUCACCUCUGCUUGAGCUGUCCGUCUUUCAAAAAUCAACCAGGUCGCCGUUGCCUUCAUCUGGACUAUUUCCUCGGCCUAAAUCGAUCGAAUUGUCACCAUUAACUCCCCUAUCCUCUAGGUCUGAAUCACCUCCACCUGAACUGUCCUGUCAGCCCAAAUCAACUGUGUCUACUCCACUUGAACUGUCCUCUAGGCCCAAAUCAACUGGGUCUCCUCCAUCUGAAUUGUCCCUGAGGCCCAAAUCAACUGGGUCACGUCCAUCUGAAUUGCCCCCGAGGCCCAAAUCAACUGGGUCACCUCUGCUUGAACUUUCCUCUAGGCCCAAAUCAACUGCAUCUCCUCCACCUGAACUGUCCUCUAGGCCCAAAUCAACUGGGUCUCCUCCACCUGAACUGUCCACUAGGCCCAAAUCAAAUGAAUCACCUCUGCUUGAGCUUUCUUCUAGGCCCAAAUCAACUGCGUCACCUCCAUCUGAAUUGUCCCCGAGGCCCAAAUCAACUGGGUCACCUCUGCUUGAACUUUCUUCUAGGCCCAAAUCAACUGCAUCUCCUCCACCUGAACUGUCCUCUAGGCCCAAAUCAACUGGGUCUCCUCCACCUGAACUGUCCACUAGGCCCAAAUCAAAUGAAUCACCUCUGCUUGAGCUUUCUUCUAGGCCCAAAUCAACUGCGUCACCUCCAUCUGAAUUGUCCCCGAGGCCAAAAUCAACUGGGUCACCUCUGCUUGAACUUUCUUCUAGGCCCAAAUCAACUGCAUCUCCUCCACCUGAACUGUCCUCUAGGCCCAAAUCAACUGGGUCUCCUCCACCUGAACUGUGCACUAGGCCCAAAUCAACUGGGUCACCUCUGCUUGAACUUUCCUCUAGGCCCAAAUCAACUGCAUCUCCUCCACCUGAACUUUCCUCUAGGCCCAAAUCAACUGGUGUCAGAUCGUUCACUGAGUCCAGCCUGGUCAGCCAGAUCCAGAUCAAGGUUGAUUGA